UCUCUUGCAGAUGUUUUCAGCUUACGCUAUUUAUGAACCACAGCUUUCGCCCUUAUCAACAUUGGAAUCAUCUUUUGAAGCCCUUAACAUAAAAAAGUUUGAUGAGGCAUUUAUUGUGGAUCCUCUGUAUCAUCAGACUUCUGCACAAUUUGAUGAAGGUGGUGCUAAGGGUCUUCUAUUGAACAACCUUGGGGUUUAUGGUGGUUGCCGUGUACUUUUUGAUUCAUUUGAAUGUCCAGAAAGGAGCAUGUCAACAGUUGAAACUGAGGGACCUGAACUAAUUGAUCUUUCUUUUGCUAAAGAUUACAUUGAGAAAAUGAUGAUCUGUAUGCUCACGGCAAAUGAUAUUUCACCCACUCUAAAGGAUAUCCUGAAUCAAUUUGAUGAAGAAAAUCGUAGGCCAGAUAUAAAUUAUUCACCUCAGGAGCCAAUUUCUGAGGAUUUUCCCGAAGGAAAUGACCAAAUCGAUGUUGGAGAGAAUGGAUUUGAUGAUGAUUGUGGAGCUUGGAACCUUGAUCAUGAUGAUCGUCUUAGUGUAGCUGAUGACAACUCAACUAACAUAAACCUAAAUUAUGCAAAUGAUCUGGAGGAGGAUUUUGAAUGCAACUUUAAUGGACCUAAUGUGGAAGAGAAGUUUGAAAAAAUUACUGAUUUCUUGUCUGUAGGAUUGGGGUUUACUUCAAAAUCAAAUGCAUGGGCAGGACCUGAUCAUUGGAAAUAUAGAAAAGCAAAGGGUUUAGAUCAAAAACAAUCAUUGGAUACGAACACUGAAUCAGUAAGCAAGAAAUCAAAGAACCGGAAGGAUGCUAAUGAUAUUGAUUUUACAAAAUCACUGGAAAUUGAUAUGCCAAAUAUCUUUGCACCUCCAAAGAAUCCAAAGUCAUUGCUAUUGCCUGCAAACAAAGCAACAUGUAUUACUUCGCUCCCUGAAGAUUGUCACUAUCAACCAGAAAGUCUUGUCAAAUUGUUUUUAUUACCAAAUGUUAUGUGUCUUGGAAAGAAAGGAAGACAGCUUUCUGAUGAACCAAGACAAAAUGAUGGGAGCUAUGUGGCAUCAUGGGAAAAUGAUAGUACAUGUGAUAACUUUGAUGAUGGACUUGCCUUCGGUGAUACAGAUGAUCAAGGGAGUCUUGUUCGUCAACCUCGCCAGGUAAGCAAAAUAGACAUCCAGUAUGACAAAGUAUCGAAACAAGUUGAUGUUCAUGCACUGAAAAAUAUGCUCUGGAAUCAUAUGCAAAAAUCAGUGCAAGUCUCUUAUGAGAGGCAGGAUUCUGAAGCCACAGUUUAUCUGACACAGAUUUUACUCCACCUCCCAAUUGACUGCUCUUUAGAUUCAGCCAAAGAUAUAUCUCCCCAUUUGACUUUCAUUUGUCUGCUGCAUUUAGCAAAUGAGCAUUGUUUGCGCAUCCAUGAUUGUCCUACCAUGGAUGAACUCGAAAUUGUCAUUCCAUCCUCUGCACUAAAAUGAUGAAUACUAACCGUAUGGCGCUACCAUGGAGUUGGAAUAUGUAAAUUUGCUGGUUUGAUAUUGUAUUUGGAGAUGUUUUAGAGAGCGACAUUGUAUUUGUAUACAGUGAAAAUCAUGGAGCUAAUGGAGAAUCGUGGAGCACAUGAUCCAUGACAAAAUACUUGCUUUGUAUUAUCGAGGUUAAACCUCUAUUUAUGAAGACUGCUCUCUUGACUCGA